CCCUUAGAACUCUCCGUAGACGCCAUCUUUUCCUCCAGCGACUCUGACCGAUUGACGACUCGAACGCCCGCUCGAACGCUCGUCAGCACGCCUGCUAUCGUUCUGCUAAGCAGAAUCCCAACGAGGACCGGCUAGGAUGUUCACGCAGUCAAGUCAUGCUUUGGCCUCAAUGGCUAACUGCUGGACCUCCGCCACGCUCGCCUGCUUCGCGCUAUUCGCCGCCUCGGCGGAAGCGGCGUAUAUGCCAGUGCCAUGGGUGUUCACGGAUCCCAAGCACGAUCCCUUCAACCCUCUCGAGUACAUCGCGAGCAACACCCUCACCGCGAUCGCCAUCUCGCUGGUCCUCUUCGUCGCGAUCACCCAGAGCGCGCUGCUAAGGAAGUAUGGGGGUAGGUGUAUGCUGCCGAUGGUGAUCGGAGAGUUUACAUGGACGAUUGGGUUUGGGAUAAGGUUUGGUCUUCACUCAAACCCUGAUAGCAAUGGCCUGUACAUUGCGUACUAUUUAUUCAUAGUGCUUUCGCCGUGCGCGUUUAUAGCGGCGGAGUACAUGCUCCUGGGCCGCCUUGCGCGCUACAUCCAAUCCAACAAGCACCUGCUCAUCCCACCGCAGAAGAUCACAGUCGUGUUCGUGGCUUCAGACAUUUCAACAUUCCUUGUCCAGGCGGCCGGUGCAGGUCUGUCGAUCUCGAAGAACCAGAGCCUCUCGAAGACAGGGGAGCACAUCUUCUUGGCGGGACUUGUCCUGCAGCUCGUCUCGUUUUUCUUCUUCGUCAUCGUCGCUCUACGCUUUCUAUUCCGCGUAGCCGCGCGGGAGCCCCAGACUUGGGCUGUAGACGCUCAGAAGCCGUGGCAUCAGGAUUGGCGUACGCUCUCCUACGUGCUCAUCGUCAGCUCGAUCGGCAUCAUGAUCCGUUGUGUAUACCGUGUGAGCGAGCUCUCGCAGGGAUAUCGGGGCCACCUCGCCACGACCGAGGGGUUCUUCUACGGGCUCGACUCGCUCCCGCUCUUCAUCGCCGUGGUGGUGUACAUUCCUUUCUGGCCUGGGCGUAUGAUCCCGGGUCUCGAUCAGCUUGCGAACGUCGACAAUAUCGACAAGGAGGGCGAGAAGGCAGGCGAGAGGAGUAGCGGAAGUGUAGAGGCUCAGCCUGAGGCUGUGAAGACGGAGGGGCUUAACUCGUCGCCCUGAUUAUGACGUGAUUUUAUGACGAGCCUUAUGCUCACUGCACCUCUCUACGUGGACAUUUAGUCUGUAUACCUUGCUUUUCACCGAUCGGGCCUAAUGUAUAUCGU